CUAGCUAAUCAAGCAGGGAACGAAGGAGAGGAAAAAAGAGAGCAAAGAACACGCUGAACAGGACAGCCUUUGCUUCCGAUCAGUAGCACAACAGGCGUCACCACCUCUUCCUGCUGCCCUGCCUCCCUCCUCAUGCAUAAAACCAGGCCCCCCUCUUGCUUCCCUAGCUCAUGACCACCCUCCCACUCUCUCUCUCUGCUAGCUACACCCAUCCGCCCAUCAAUCUCACCCAUCGCAUCCUUACAAGCUAAGGAAUGAAGCCCCUUCUCCUUUGCUCUUCUCUCUCCCAUAUGUUUCACAUCCAUUAUAUAUGUAUUGUGAGGCCUCCACGAACACCCAAGCAAACAAAAAAAUAGAUACAUAAAGGGGGAAUGAACAAACCCCCAUUCCCCUUUAAUUUUAUUCCACUUGCUUUCGCGCGUCCUCCUCGUGAUCCCAUCUUUUUUCUUCCCUUACCUUUAGUUUCUCCUCCUCCUCUCUCCGGGUGGCAGACCCGGCCUUCUCUCCUCCCUCUUCGUCUUCCAGUUCGAAGCUGUAGCGGCAGCUAGAGCUAGCCACGUGUAGAGCGGCACGACUGCAGCGUGCGAAGAACAAACAAAAGCAGCUAGAAAAGAAGCUCUCACUCACUCACAAGUAGCAAAAGAUCAAAGGGAAAUCAAUCAUAUACCAUGGUAUUUUCUUCGGUUCCUGUCUACCUUGAUCCACCCAAUUGGAACCAGCAUCAGCACCAGCCACAGCAUGAGCAACUGCAAGCUCACCAUGGCCAGCUUCCAAGUGACGCCGGAGGAGGUGGAGGCGGUGGCGUCGACGUGCAUGCGCACCAUCAUCAGCUACCGCCGAUGCCACCUUCUGCUCCUGGUGGGGCUCUCAUGGCUCCUCGCCGUGACAUGGCGGCUGUGGUCGCCGCGAGCGGUGGCAGCACGAGCGGCGGCGGUGGGCCGACUGGCGGUGGUUCCCCUAUCCGUCCGGGCUCCAUGACCGAGCGGGCUAGGCUCGCCAAGAUCCCGCAGCCAGAGCCGGGGCUCAAGUGCCCGCGUUGCGAGUCCACCAACACCAAGUUUUGCUACUUCAACAACUACUCGCUCUCCCAGCCGCGCCACUUCUGCAAGACGUGUCGCCGGUACUGGACGCGCGGCGGCACGCUCCGGAACGUCCCCGUUGGCGGCGGGUGCCGCCGCAACAAGCGCACCAAGUCGUCCAAGUCCAACUCGUCGUCAGCCGCCUCCGCUUCCAGCGCGGGUGGGACGUCGUCGUCCACCUCGUCCACCGCGACCGGUGGCAGCGGCAGCGCCGCCAGCAUCAUGCCGCCUCACCAGGGGCACGGGGGACAGCCGCAGUUCCUAGCCUCGUUGCACCACCCUCUCGUCGGCGGGGACCACUACAGCACCGGCGCGUCAAGAUUAGGGUUCCCCGGGCUGAGCUCGCUGGACCCCAUGGACUACCACCAGUUCGGCGCCGGUGCCGGAGGUGCCAUCGGGCUGGAGCAGUGGCGCCUACCGCAGAUACAACAGUUCCCAUUCCUAAGCAGCCGCCCCGACGCCGUGCAACCGCCAAUGUCUGGCAUUUACCCGUUCGAAGUGGAAGGCCACGGCGGGGAAGGUUCCGGCUUCGCUGGUCACAUGCUUGGUGACCCCAAGGUGUCCGGCUCAGCCGGACUGAUCACGCAGCUGGCGUCAGUGAAGAUGGAGGACAACCCAACGUCCGCAGCGAUGGCAAGCAGCUCACCGAGGGAGUUCCUUGGUCUCCCUAGGAACCUCCAAUUAUGGGGCGCUAGCGGCAACGGCGGUGCAAGUGGCAACAAUGGAGGAGGCACCGGCAACGCUGCCGGUGGCGGCGACACUAUUCCUCCGGGUAGCAGCUGGGUAGACCUGUCAGGAUUCAACUCGUCUUCGUCCGGGAACGUGCUGUGACGUGACGCGCCCCCUGAAUCUGAUCUGCAUGAUAAGCUGGGUGAUCAAAGAGCUAGCAUGUUUCUAGCUAGCUACAUAUGCAUGCUGGUGAAUUGUUCAUCUAUUCGAGACAGUUUGCAGACAGUGGAUACUUGUUACUCAAUGAUUAUACGGGCACGUAUUGUUGUGUGUUUUGUGGGUGUAUGCAUAGUAGUAGCACAAUGCAUUGGUCUACUGCAUAUAAUCUAUCUAUCAUGGUGCAUUCAGUUGCACUUGCACCUAUAUAUCAUUUGGAAAUAAAUGAAUAAAGAAGGUAGUCAUGUCCAUCGCGCAGCGCACCAUUGUAUAUAGGAUUCACACCCAUGCAUGGCAUAUAACAUAUGUAUUCUCUCUUGUACCCACAAAUAUAUUAACACUCAUUCCAAGC